AUGAGUACAAAGGAAGCCCCCACGAGUGAUGCCAUCGAGGAUGCCAGGCAUGGCAUCAAUGGCUUUGAUGCCCAGGAUAUCCAGAAGCCAGGAGAGGUCGUCACUGAUAAUGAUCAGCUGCAGCGACGUCUCGAAAACCGGCAAAUUCAGAUCAUGGGGGUAGGCGGUGCUAUCGGUACGGCACUCUUCAUCAGCAUUGGCGGUGGUCUGGCAAAGAGUGGUCCGCUAAGCUUGCUUCUGGGUUACUCAAUAUAUUGCCUCAUACUUGCUUGCGUCAACAAUUGCCUGGCUGAAAUGACCGUGUUAUAUCCUGUUCCGGGUGGGUUUAUCCGCCUGGCCGGUAAAUGGGUCGACGAUGCCUUUGGGUUUAUGGCUGGGUGGAAUUUCUUCCUUUUUGAAGCCCUUUCAAUUCCAUUCGAGAUUACCGCAAUCAACAUGGUGCUGUCAUUUUGGAGAGAUGAUAUCCCAACAGGUGCCGUGUGUGGUGCAUGCAUUGCUGCUUAUGCUAUCCUAAGCAUUUUUGGUGUGAAGGUAUAUGGCGAAGCUGAGUUCUGGGGCUCCAGGGGUAAAAUCACAUUGCUUAUCAUGCUGUUCCUUUUCACAUUCAUCACCAUGGUUGGCGGCAAUCCUCAGCAUGACGCUUUUGGAUUUCGAGCCUGGCGCGACCCGGGCCCCAUGGCCGAGUACCUUCACACCGGAAGCCUAGGUCGCUUUGAGGGAUUACUUGCUGCGCUAUGGACUGCCAGCUUUACUAUUAUGGGCCCAGAGUUCAUAAACCUACUAGCCGCUGAAGCGAAACGACCGCGAAUCUACAUCAAGAACGCGUUCAAAAUCAUAUACUACCGCUUUUUCUUCGUUUAUAUACUGGCCGCCAUCAGUGUUGGAAUCCUCGUUGCCUACAACGACCCCACCCUAGUGUUAGUGUUCUUGACGAAUGGUGGAGGCAGUACCGAGGCAGCAUCGCCAUUCAUCCUCGCAAUGCAAAAUAUGAAGGUUGCAGGCUUCCCGCAUCUCAUCAACGCUCCCCUCAUAACCACCAUCUUUUCGGCUGGGAACACAUACAUGUACUGUGCGAGUCGAAGUUUAUACGGUCUGUCCUUGGACGGUCGGGCGCCCAGGUUGCUGAAGAAAUGCACAAACAACGGCGUCCCGAUCUACUGUGUGAUAGUCGUGAUGUGCUUCCCUUUGCUGUCGCUUCUUUCACUUGGCAAUGGGUCUUCGCAAGCCCUGACCUGGCUCACAAACCUCAUCACCGCUGGAGCGAUCAUCGACUACAUCGUUAUCUGUGUUACAUACAUCUUCUUCUAUCGCGCCUGCCAAGCACAGUCCGUCGAUCGCAACACCUUCCCCUACUUGGGACACUUCCAGCCGUACAGUGCCUGGAUUGGAUUGGUCGGGGAAUGUCUCAUCGUUAUUUUCUACGGGUACUCCAGCUUCAUCCCGUGGGACGUCUCGAACUUCUUCACGCACUACACUAUGCUCAUUCUAGCGCCGGUGCUUUAUUUCUCUUGGAAGAUAUUUUGGCGCACUAGGGUGGUUCGCCCCGAGGAGGCGGACUUGAUCUGGGAGAGGCCAAUGAUUGAUGCGUAUGAGGCGGGUCUUACAUCUCCACCGAAGGGAUUCUGGGCUGAGAUCCUUGAGACGGUCGGGUGGAGACGAGGCUGCGAGGAGCAGCAGACUGCGGAUAGUUGUUGA